AUCUAUUACUCACAAUUCGGUAAAUAACGGUGUGCGUAAGUGCGUCAUGCUAAAAUGAAGAUAAAUCGAUGGUUUUUACCUCAAUUAUUUCAAAUUAGCUUUACACUUAUCCAAUUACAACAAUGAUAAUGAAAAUAACGUUGCAUGAUCAAUCAAGUAACAACAACGAACAAGAUAUAAACGUUUAUAGGAAUAUUAGAUGAAGAUAAUAAACAUGCUAUUGCAUACAUUCUCAACGCCUUUUCUUCUAAAAUUUUAUAUUGCAUAUGCGGCAAUAUUGAACCUUGGACGAUGCCAAUUUUUUGGGCGAUCUUUCGGUGAUCCACGUUUUCGCCCGCAAAACAUAACUUAUCCUAACUGGAAUAGUAGAAGACUAAACACGAGUAGAUAUAGAAUAAAUAACAAUGGCGAAACAUCAAGUUUACGUGGACAUGUAAAUUACCAAAACGAUUUUGGCGCUGAUCGUAACUCUAGAUCACGUGUGUUAUAUAAUACAUUUAAUAACCAUUCUCGUAGAAAUCAACAGCCGUUUGUGUAUUUACACAGAGAUAAUCGUAUCUCUAGGCCAAGGUCGUCGACUUUUCACAACAGAGGAUUUAGAAACAAUUCACCUUCAAACAAUGUUGCCGAUGUACAAAAUGAUAGAAUCAGGGUCUUUCCAAACGGAGCCGUAGCCACACCAGUUCGUUUCCGGGGCAACAACGCACGAUUCCCUACAUAUCGCACGCUAACAUCCACGACAGGCAGAACAGUUUUAAAUCAAGACCGUCUUAGAAAUCUUCAAAGACCAACGUUGUUAAAUUCACCCGCCCGAAGAUCUUUACAAAGACAACCACAUCUGUCAACAAGUGAUAAUCAAGUGCUUGGUCAAUCAGGAAUGUUUCCAAGCAGGGAACUCUCCAACCAAUUUCAGGCUAGAAGUUCUAUUGGAGUAGAAAGGCCUAGAAUUCGUGCAGAGCGCAACGAAGUGUUUCAAUAUAGAACAUCAGUCAUGCGUGCACCAAGAGCAGGGGCCUCUGGAUCAAGGAACAAUGAUAAUCAACAGCGAUUUACUGGCUACCCUUCUCGUUCUCUAUCACUUCCAUUUGAGCCGCUUUCCUUGCGAUAUCAAGGUUUUAGGGAAUCAAAAUUAGCAGCGCAACAAAGACUAGAAUCUGACAGGAUAAGAAAUGCUAACAUGCAGAAUUCAGAUGCAUUUCAAAGUAGCCAGCUGCCUAGCCAAGCACAGCUUAUGCUUAUAACAGAUACAGCAAAUAAUAACAGGAAUGCUACAUUCCAACCGAGAAUAACAGGUAGAAUCUUAACAUUUUCCAGUGAGAAUACGCGUCCUUUUAGUAGUGAUAAUGGAAUUCAACAUAAUAUACCAACAAGAAACAUUGUUCAAGGUAAUCGUAUGUCUAGUGACAAUACAAAUGCUGCCGACAGAAAUAGAGCUAACAGCCGUUUCAUACGGCCGUUUGGCGUUAGACCACCAAGCUCUAAUAACAGACAUAUUGGUUCAAAUAGAAACAAUCUACCUCGCAUAAGAACUCAAGGAGGAGUACCUCCUGCAAGAAGAUUUUCGAAUGGUUUUGGAAUUUCACAACCAAAUGUCGUCUGGCAGAAUAGAAGGAGAAACAGUAUUCCUCAAACAAAUGCACCGAACCGUGCUGUACACGAGAUAUUUGGUAUAUCAAGAACUGGCUUGGAAAAUGCACUGAAAUCUAACGCUUUGCAAUUUGAUCAAACAAAUAAUUCAAAAAAUACUAAAGCAACAAAAAAUUCUGUAUCACUGCAAAAAAAUAAUGAUCAGCGACGUACACAAACUGCCAGAAACAAUCGAAAUAAGGAAAAUUUGAUUGCAGAUAUAACAAAAUAUUUAGAAAUUGCUGAUAAACUUGAUUUGUUAGGAUUAUUACGGAGACAUUCACAGACUUCUUUAAGAUCAAAAUCACGCGAAGACAUAAAUAAUGACAGUGAUGAUAUUUUAUCUAGAAUAUCAGAUGGUUUUGUAGACUCAGCACAUACAUCAAGGCAAAGGUUCAGAGAGCACGAUGAAGACAUGGAUAUGCACGAAGAUGGUUUUAUCAAUGACUAAAUAUUUAGUUCAUUUCAAAGUCUAUCCAUUGCACAUUAAACUCGACCCUCGUGCUUGAAAUAAUGCACGGGGGACCCGGGGACUUUCUCCAACAGUUAACCUGAAAUGUCGCCAUAUCACAUAUACUGUGUUGGUGCGAUGUAAAACUCAACCAAAACAAAUGUUAAGCUCGCUGUAUUAAAGAAAACCCAUUGUGAAG